AUGGGAAGUUCAGAGCCAGAACGAGCAGAGGCACACUUGCUCGUCGACUGUGCUCAGCCACCAGCAAGAACUUGGCAGAGAAAAUUCGAUGAUGAAGGCAAGAAGGUUGCUGCGUUUAGCAUGACUAUGAAUGAUCUCAUGACAAUGGUGCCCUUUAUCGCUAAAAUGCUUCGACUAUACGUCCAAGAAAGCGCGAAAGGCCAAGCUUCGGUCUAUGAUCCUUUCAGGAAGUGGAUGGACAACUGCUACCGUGGGGUACCCCUCGGCGCACUAGGUUCAGGAAGCAUAGGGAGAAGCUACAGAGGGUACUUUCAGCAUUUUCAAAUAUUCCCCAGGGUGUACGAAGAGAAGCCUAUCCUAGCCAACCAGUUCUCUGCAUUCGUUUCGCGUCCCAGCGGGAAGAGCUACUCCACGGUGUUGUCCGCACCGAAUGCCGAUGUCCUGAAGGGAAUAGAUAAAGCCGGUAUCGGAUCUUGGGACUGGAAACUGAAAGAGAAGAAUUGCACCUACCAUGGCUUGUUCCCAAGAUCCUGGACUGUAUAUGAUGGUGAGCCUGACCCUGAAAUCAAGAUCACCUGCCGUCAGAUAUCACCCUUCAUCCCUCACAACUACAAAGAGAGCAGCUUCCCGGUUGCGGUUUUCACCUUUACGGUACAAAAUUCAGGGAGCACACCUGCAGAUGUCACAUUGCUCUUCACGUGGGCAAAUUCCGUGGGCGGAAAAUCGGAACUGACCGGAAAUCACACCAACUCCAGGAUGAAAGCGCGAGACGGCGUCCAUGGCGUCCUCCUCCACCACAGGACGGCGGACGGGCACCCUCCGGUGACAUUCGCGAUCGCGUCUCAGGAGACCGGCGGCGUCCGCGUAACCUGCUGCCCGUCCUUCGCGAUGGGCCCGUCCGUUCCCGGCGGCGAGCAGUUCACGGCCAAGGACAUGUGGGAGGAGGCCAAGAACCGCGGGUCCUUCGGCGGGGCGCCGAGAACGUCGGCGUCGUCGAGACCUGGAUCGUCCAUCGGGGCGGCGGUCGCGGCGGCGACGACGGUGCCGGCGGGAGGCACGCGUGCGGUGUCGUUCGCGCUCUCGUGGUCGUGUCCCGAGGUGAAGUUCCCAGCCGGGAGAACCUACCACCGGAGGUACACCAAGUUCCUCGGCCUGGAUCGGGACGCGGCUGCUGAACAAUUGGCCCACGACGCCCUCCUCGAACACAUGAAGUGGGAGUCCCUGAUCGAGGAGUGGCAGAGGCCUGUUCUGCAUGACAAGAGGUUGCCUGAAUGGUAUCCGGUUGCGCUGUUCAACGAGCUUUACUAUCUCAACGCUGGAGGCACAAUUUGGACAGAUGGGCUGCCUCCGAAGAAGACCAGCUUUGCUUCCUCAAAUUCAAAGUACGGGUCGACGACGACGGAGUCCUUCUCUCUCGACGGGUUCCAUCCAGGCGAUCCUGCAGCGGACGGCAUCCUGCGCGCAAUGGCGACGGCGGAGGAGCGGCUGGAAGCAUCGUCGGCGUUCGGCACGGCCCUGCUCGGCGACGGCGAGGAGAGCGUGGGGCGGUUCCUGUACCUGGAGGGGAUGGAGUACCACCUGUGGAACACCUACGACGUCCACUUCUACGCCUCCUUCGCGCUGCUCUCCCUCUUCCCGGAGCUCGAGCUGAGCCUCCAGCGCGACUUCGCCAGGGCCGUCCUCCACCACGACCCGCGCCCCAUGCGCACCCUCGACGGCGCCACCGUCCCCCGCAAGGUCCUCGGCGCCGUGCCGCACGACGUCGGCCUGCGCGACCCCUGGUUCCAGCUCAACGCCUACAUGAUCCACGACCCGGCGCGCUGGAAGGACCUCAACCCCAAGUUCGUCCUCCAGGUGUACCGCGACGUCGCCGCCACCGGGGACGCCGCGUUCGCGACGGCCGUGUGGCCCGCGGUGUACCUGGCCAUGGCGUACAUGCACCAGUUCGACCGUGACGGGGACGGCAUGGUGGAGAACGAGGGCCGCCCCGACCAGACGUACGAUUUUUGGUCAGUCUCCGGCGUCAGCGCCUACACCGGCGGUCUCUGGGUCGCGGCCCUCCAGGCGGCGGCCGCCAUGGCGCGCGUCGUCGGCGACCACGGCUCGGAGGGGUACUUCCUCGAGCGGUACGGAAGGGCGCGGCGCGUGUACGACGGCGAGCUCUGGAACGGCGCCUACUUCGACUACGACAACAGCGGCGGCGCGACCAGCAAGUCCAUAAUGGCCGACCAGCUCGCCGGGCAGUGGUACGCGCGCGCGUGCGGGCUGGAGCCGAUCGUGGAGGAGGAUAAAGCACGCAGCGCGCUGGGGACGGUGCUGGACUACAACGUGAUGCGGGUGCAGGGCGGCGCGGUGGGGGGCGUGAACGGGAUGCGGCCGGACGGCGCCGUGGACACGUCCUCCAUACAGUCGAGGGAGGUGUGGCCCGGGGUCACCUACGCCGUGGCCGCCGCCAUGGUCCACGAGGGCAUGCCGGAGGCGGCGUUCCGGACGGCGAAGGGCGCGCACGACGCUGGGUGGGGCAGGGACGGGUUCGGGUACGCGUUCCAGAUGCCGGAGGCGUGGACGGCCGACGGCGGCAGCGGGUACCGGUCGCUACACUACAUGCGGCCUCUCUGCAUCUGGGCGAUGCAGUGGGCGCUGUCGCCGCCGGAGCUCCACAGGGACGUCAGGGUGUUGCCGGGUUCGGUGUCCGCCGUGGCGUCGCCGGCGGAGGUGGUCCUGGCGCGGGAGAAGUUCGAGAAGGUGGCCGGCAUGCUGAGGCUGCCGGAGGAAGAGCAGCACAAGGGAUAUCUCAGAGCUAUGUACCAAAUUCUCCGCCAGAUGCUGCUCCCGGCAUCCUGA